GUGGGUGGUGGUGAUGGUGGUGUGGGUGGUGGGUGGUGGUGGUGGUGGGUGGUGGAGUGGGAGGUGGAGUGCGUGGUGGUCACAGAAGGAGUGGACAUGAUGGGAACGACUUUGCUGUGAAUGUCCGUCGGCAACAGACUAGGAAGCCACAGCCCUGCUGAUCCAAGGUGGCGUCUUGGGUCGUGGUCACGAAGAGCUGUGAUGGGCAACCAAACGGUGAAGCUGAUUCGCUGGGAGAAGCCCGUUCUGAAGACGAUCCUGAGCCGGGACGUCUCGUUCUUCCUCGACGCGCUGGACCGGCACGAAUUCAUCACGAGGCCCAUUUACCACCGCGCCAAGGACAUGCCGGUCCAGGAGGACAGCGCCAACUUCAUCCUCGACCACUUCAUCGACGGCGGGGAGACCGCAUGCCAGAAUCUGCUGAGCGUCUUAAAGGAAAUCCACAAGCACUACCCACCGCUCAAGGACUGGUUGGACAGGCUGUCACCUCCAGGUGAAACGAAUUCGGUGACGUUCUUCCAAAUCCUCCACGAGCUCAACCUGAGCCAAUGCUACGGGGACAAGAUGCAACGGGGCGACGAGGACAAGAUGCAACGGGCCGACGAGGACAAGAUGCGAUGGCGCUACGGGGACAAGAUGCGACGCCGCGACGUCGUCACUCUGAGCAGGCGGCGCAAGCAUCCCAGCUCGCUGGAGGAGGUCGCGCGACACUUUGUGCAGGACGUGAUGAUGACGAACCCCGAGUCCCGGAGCGCCAGCACCGCCCGCGCCGCGCGCAGGGCCAGCUCCGCGAGCGCCAGCGACAGGAUCUCGGACGGCUUCAUCAACCCGCUGGAUCUGGAGGUCGCGGUCCUGCUGUGCGCCGACCACCCGCUGCAGGACGACCUGAUGCACAAGAUGUCCGCGUGCCGCUUCGCGCUGCCCCUACUGCUGCCCGACGCGGGACGGGGGGUCGUCACGCUGAAGCUGUGCGCCGCGCGGCACGUCGCGAGGCAGUGGAGGGGUUGGCAGAUCUCGACGCGGCGGACAGGUUGGCGGGACGCCCGCGGCGACGGGCGCUCCCCGGCGCUGGUCCUGCGCAUGCCGUGCGUGGCGUUCAAAUCGGAGCUGCUCAACUUGAUCGUCGGCGGUCGGGGCCACGAGGCGUUCGUCCACCGCGACACGGCGCAGGGCGACGUGCCCCGGGUGGUUGCCGACGGGCUGGUGGAGAUCUCGCCGUACUUCCCGGGCGCCGAGGCGGACGCGGAGGAGGAGGAGGACGCUCGGAGCCCCUUCUGCGCCCUGAACCUGCGCGGCGACGCCGCCGACAGCCGCCUCGAGAGGCAGUUCGGCUUUCUGCGGGCGGCGUCCGUCGCGACGUUCCUCUUUGUCGGCGGCGACGUCGUCCGGAAGAGCGCGGAGCGUUGCCGGGCCUUGCUGGCGGGCGCGGCGACGCCGGUGUUCCUGCUCACCGACUUCGAGGACGGGGAGGACGCCGAGUCGGCGGUGAGCGGCAUCCUCUCGACGCUGCCGGGGACGAAGGUCGCGGACGUCAAUCGGCGCGGCCAGAACAAGGCCUCCUUCGCGAGCAGACUGCGCUCCAAGAUCGCCACCCUGCUCGCGAACACGCGGACGGCGGGCAGCACGCCCGCGGAGAUGGAGCGCCUCGCCCGGGAGCGGGGCAUCCAAGUCGACGGCUGGCCCGGCUCGCCCGCGGCCGACGAGGUCGUGUCCGAGGUGGCCGACCUCGGCGUCGCCCUCUACAAGCGGGAGCGCCUCCCCCGCCAGGGCGGCAAGCGGCCGAGCCGCCCGGGGCGGAGGGACGACCCCCGCCUCGGCGUCCGCGCGUCCGGGGCUCGGCUCGCCGCGCCCACGUUUCUGCGGCGGCUCCUGGAGGAGCCCGCGGACGACCCCGCGGCCUUCCUGCGGCGGCUGGCCGUCGAGCUGGACGAGCGCUCCGCCGUCGUGCUGUCGCUCGCCGGGCGGGACGAGGCCGCGCGGGACAGCUGCCUGGGAGCGGAGCACUUCCUGCGGGAGGUGGCGUGGGCCUACGAGGCGGCCUACGAGGCGGCCUACAAGGCGGCCUACGAGGCGGCCCGCGGCGUCGUCGGCGGCGUCUCGGGCGACGACGACGACGACUUGCGGCGGGCGCCGGAGAUCGGCGCCCGGCUGCUCCUGAGCGGCUCCCCGCUGGAGCUGGUGGACGUCGACGGGGGCAGCGUGCCCGCCAAGUGGCUCGCCGACGUCCUGGGGGCGGCGGGCCGCGAGCUCGGGGACCCGACGGUCUUCGUGCUCUCGGCGCUGGGCCCCCACCGCGCCGAGACGUUCGCGCUGCUCAACACGACGCUCGGCUCCCGCUUCCCGGCGGGCGGCGGCGGAGCGGGCGGGGGGGCGGUCCGCGGAGCCUUCGCGACGCUCGUGGCCGUCGAGGGGGGGGGCGACGCAGCGGCGGCCCCCGGCUACGUGCUCGCCGUCAGCGUCGAGGGGCUGGCGUCGCCCGGGCCGGCGAGCCCCGAGCGCGACGGCGAGCUGGUCGCGUUCGCGAUCGCCGUGAGCCACGUCGCCCUCGUGAUCCUGGAGGGGAACGCGGGGGGGGAGGACUCCCUGGAGGGCGACGUCGUCCGGGCGCUCCUCCGAACGGGGGGGAGGCAACGCAAGGAAGCCGCCUGCAUCUUCGUCCGCCAGAACUCGGGCGGGGUGCCGGCGUGCGUCGAGAAGGCGAGGGAGCGGGCGCUGCUAAAGCGGUUCGCCGCCGUGACCCUGGCGGGCAAGGAGGGCGACGAGGGCUCGCGCGGUCGUCUUGCGGACGUCGUGGGGCACUCCGAGAACUACUUGUACCUGCCAAGCCCGUGGCACGGGACUCCGCCGAUGGCCGCGGUUAGCGCCGAGUACGUUCAGGGCGUGCGGCACCUGAGGAGCCGUCUGAUGGAGCGCGUGCAACGAGUCGCGGCGCCGGGGAGGGUGAGGCUGUCGACGCUGGCGCGGCUGGUAGAGCAGGCGUGGAAUGACGUGAAGAGGGAGGGAGCUCUUUCCACGGACACAGACGGCUCGUAGUAGGCGAUGUCGCGGGCGGUAUCCGGCGUUGGCGGCGAGGGGGUGGGUGGGGUUUGGCUCAGAGGUUAUUUUGCCGCCGCGACGGAGCUAAUCGCGACGCUCGCGUCAAAAGGAUAAUUGCGCCCCCCCCAGCGUGACGCGAAAAGAAUCGGUAGGAGAGUUUUUUUUUCCCCUUUAUGGCUGUCACCUGAUGAAGUUGGUUGUUGUUACUGGCGAAAUGUAACGGUGCUCAGAUUGUAAAUGUUGUGGCUUGGCUCUCCAACACACAGGUGUGGUGCUGUACUAGUACACUACCCUGUAUACUACACUAUACACUACACUACUAUACACUAUAUACUACACUACUAUACACUACACUAUACUACUCAACACUACACUACUAUACACUACCCUGUAUACUACACUAUACACUACACUACUAUACACUAUACUAUACUACACUAUACUACUAUACACUACACUACUAUACACUACACUACUAUACACUACACUAUACACUACACUACUAUACACUACACUAUACUACUCAACACUACACUACUAUACACUACACUACUAUACACUAUACACUACACUACUAUACACUACACUACUAUACACUACACUAUACUACUCAACACUACCCUACUAUACACUACCCUGUAUACUACACUAUAUACUACACUACUAUACACUAUACUACUAUACACUAUAUACUACACUAUACACUACUAUACACUACCUUGCAUACUACACUAUACUACUAUACACUACACUACUAUACACUACACUACUAUACACUACCCUGUAUACUACACUAUACACUACACUACUAUACACUACACUAUACACUACUAUACACUACACUAAACACUACACUACUAUACACUACACUAUACACUACUAUACACUACACUAUACACUACACUACUAUACACUACACUAUAAUACUAUACACUAUACUACUCAACACUACACUACUAUACACUAUAUACUACACUACACUAUACACUACACUACUAUACACUAUAUACUACACUACUAUACACUACAGCGAGGGAAAAAAGUAUUUGAUCCCCUGCUGAUUUUGUACGUUUGCCCACUAACAAAGAAAUGGUCAGUCUAUAAUUGUAACGGUAGGUUUAUUUGAACAGUGAGAGACAGAAUAACAACAACAAAAUCCAGAGAAACGCAUGUCAAAAUGUUAUAGAUUGAUUUACAUUUUAAUGAGGGAAUUAAGUAUUUGACAGAAGCAUCGACAAUUAAAUGAUUAUUACUUAGUAGCAACCUGACACGUGAUCUUUAAAUAUAAGACUAUGAUGAUGAGUAUUUACAGUUCUACACAUUGACGUUGCACUAUAAAACUAAACGCACGAUAUUAGACAGUAUUACCCGAUAAAUAAACU